AUGAAACUUAUAGUAAAUAAAAAUCAUCCUGGUUUAAAGGUUCGAUCUUCAUACCAAUGUUCACCAUGUAAAUCGAUCAAAAACUAUGAAACUCUCUAUCAAAAUGUUGAUUCGGUUACAAUUAGAAUGAUUAUUGCGGGUGAAUAUUCUGGUAUAGAACAUGUGAUUGUGGAUGGUGUUGUACAAAGUAUUAAAUUGAUCUCUGAGGAAAUAAAACGAUGUGUUGCUAGAUUUGCAUUUCAAUGUGCAAAAGAUAACGGUCAACGUAGUGUAAUAGCUGUGCAUAAAGUCUAUAUUAUAAGAAUGGAUCUAGGUAUUACACCAAGCGGUAACACUGAUAAAACUAGAGUUAUAUUUCAAUCAGUACAUGGUACCGCUCCUGAUAUUGCUGGUCAAGAUCGUGUCAAUUCAACUACUCAAUUCAUUUCAGCCAUUAUGAUUCUUUGUUAUAUGAAUUUAUAUAAAUAUACAGAUUUGAUUGAACCUUAUGUAUUGACCACAAUAUGUGAAGCGAAAUAUCCUACAGAAGAUCUUGUCGGUCUUUCAACUUGCACUCAAUAUACCAACUAA